AAAUCCUGUCUCAGCAGCAGCAGCAGCAGCAGCAGUGCCAUUGAACGCCAGUGACAGAAUAGAGAGGCUGAGGGACACAUGCAGAGACCUGUACACGGCCCCGGACCUCGAUAAUCCAGCAUUUCCCUGCUGCUCCUGUAUCAUCCCAGCAUCUCUCCUCCACCUCCCCCACUGCCACGUCUCCUCCUUGCCUUCUGGCACUUGGCUGACCCAUCCUGGGCGUCAGUUCAGUUACCAAAAGGAAAAAAAGUGAACAGAAAGAAAUCCUUUCAUGUCAUCUGCCAUUUACAUAAUGAAGGUGGGAGCUGUGUCCUCCAAAACCCCCGACCUCGUGUUUCUGUGUGUCACCAACACCAGGGACAGAGGAUGGAGAAAGCGUCCAGGAACUGAGGAGAUUGGGAACAGCAUUCCCUGAACCUGGUUAUCGGAUUCCUUGAAUUUGGGACCAGGAUUCCCUGAAAGUGGCAGAGCAAGGCCACUUGUGCCAGGACAAUGAUGGAGAAAACCCUGGAGUUGAGUUUCACCAGUUCCACCCGGUCCAUUGCCAGAAGUCCUGGAGUGCUGGGACCACUGUGGGGUGAUGCCCCUGAGCUUCCAAUAUCCCACCACCACUGUGGGCAGCUGGGAAUGGCCCUUCUCCAGGAGGGGAUUGCCAGCAUUGCUCCAUGUUGGGGCGUUGUGGGGAUGUGACCCCAAGGAUGGUCCCUAAUUUGGGAUUUCACAUCCCUCUUCCCAAAAGAAAACCCACGCAGUGAUGCCAGAGUUCCCGCCUCCGUAGGUGAGGGAAACACCUGGGAGAGAGAGCUGGUCCCUUGCACGAGCUCAUUAAUUCAGCAAAUUACAAAGGGAAAUACGUGCUGGGAAAAGCAAGAAAAAUCCCAAAAGUUAAUCCAAGAGUUAUUUCCUCCUGGUACCGGGAUAAAAACGCCUCCUUUGGAGCUCUCCAGGCCAGACGUUGGUGAGAGAGGCGAGCCCACACCAAAGAGCAAGGUCUCCCAGGCAGCUGACAUGAGAGGAUCCCCCCUGUUCCUCUGCCUCUUCUCCAUGUCCUGCUGGAUGAAUUUGAUGCCAACAGCUGGGGACAAAAUCUUCCACUUUGGAGCCUGCAGGGUUUCCAUGAGCAUGACGGAGAUCAGGGCUGGCUUCACAGCAAUUAAAGCCAAUAUUCAAUCCAGAGACCCCAUCCGGACCCUGAGCAUCCUGUCCCACCCUCACUCCCUCCACAAGGUUAAGUCUUCAGACAGAUGCUGCAUCACUUACCAGCUCUUCACCUUCUACGUGGACAAGGUUUUCAAGCACUGCAGGACCGAGGACUCGUUUGUGAACAGGAAAAUCAGCAGCAUCGCCAACUCCUUCCUCAGCACGAGGAGGAAGCUCGGGCAGUGUCGUGAGCAGAAUAAUUGCCUGUGUGGGGAGGAAUCCACGGAGAAAUUCAAGCAAAUACUUGCAAACUAUGAAGGGCUGAAUGUCACAUCUGCAGCCAUGAAAUCCCUGGGGGAGCUGGACAUCCUCCUGGACUGGAUAGGGAAAUCUCGUUAGCGGGCGGCGUUAAUUACCCACGGGCUGGGGCUGAGGAGCUGCAGGGGCUUUGCAGAGAUGAGAGGGACAAUAAAUCACUGUACCAGGGCAGCUCCCCAGCAGUCCCAGCUGCACUCAGGUGAACAUGGAGAGCUUUGCCAGCCAGGGACAUCAGCAGAGUCUUCAUUAAGACGGAAAUAACGAGUUUGAUGAAAUCAGCAUCACCCUCGCUGCUGCCAAAGGAUGCUCCCAGGGAAAACUCACAAGGGUUUCUCUCGCUGGCAGACAUAAACUGUGAUCAUGUCAUAAAAUUAUUGUUUAAAUUAUAGAUAUUUUGUCGAGGGAAGGUGGGGAAUGAGUGCUGAGAGCUGGCUGUGGUGCAGAUAAACCUGGGCUUGGUCUCAGGGCUGCUGCCACUGGUGGAUCUGGCUGAAAUGAGAAGUACAGUGUGGGAAAUGCUUCCAAGAAUAGGUCCCAGCAGGUAUGUCAGGCCUUAGAAAUCUAUGUUUCCUUUUGAGAUGAUAUUUUCUGCCUUAUCAGUAAAAAAAGUUUCUGUGCAAGAUAUGUGGUUGCUGAAUAGAAAAAGGUUUUUGAGUGUAUUGAGCAAUUUACUGACACUCAGUAGUGAGUUUUGUGGAAAUUGGUUGUGAUGACCAUAAAUAAAC